AUGUCACCACUAUCUUCCGUCAUUAUACUGCCAUCAACAUAUCGCCCUCGCCUUACCGCCAUCACAUACCGCCACCAACAUAUCGCCCUCGCCUUACCGCAAUCACAUACCGCCACCAACAUAUCGCCCUCGCCUUACCGCCAUCACAUACCGCCACCAACAUAUCGCCCUUGCUUUACCGCAAUCACAUACCGCCACCAACAUACCGCCCUUGCCUUACCGCAAUCACAUACCGCCACCAACAUAUCGCCCUUGCCUUACCGCAAUCACAUACCACCACCAACAUAUCGCCCUCGCCUUACCGCCAUCACAUACCGCCACCAACAUAUCGCCCUUGCCUUACCGCCAUCACAUACCGCCACCAACAUAUCGCCCUCGCCUUACCGCAAUCACAUACCGCCACCAACAUACCGCCCUUGCUUUACCGCAAUAACAUACCGCCACCAACAUACCGCCCUUGCCUUACCGCUAUCACAUACCGCCACCAACAUAUCGCCCUCGCCUUACCGCCAUCACAUACCGCCACCAACAUAUCGCCCUUGCCCUACCGCCUUCACAUACCGCCACCACCAUACACCCUUGCCUUACCGCCAUCACAUACCGCCACCAACAUAUCGCCCUCGCCAUACCGCCAUCACAUACCGCCACCUCCAUACGCCCUUGCCUUACCGCUAUCACAUACCGCCACCAACAUAUCGCCCUUGCCUUACCGCUAUCACAUACCGCCACCAACAUAUCGCCCUUGCCUUACCGCCUUCACAUACCGCCACCACCAUACGCCCUUGCCUUACCGCAAUCACAUACCGCCACCAACAUAUCGCCCUUGCCUUACCGCCAUCACAUACCGCCACCACCAUACACCCUUGCCUUACCGCAAUCACAUACCGCCACCAACAUAUCGCCCUCGCCUUACCGCCAUCACAUACCGCCACCAACAUAUCACCCUCGCCUUACCGCAAUCACAUACCGCCACCAACAUAUCGCCCUUGCUUUACCGCAAUCACAUACCGCCACCAACAUACCGCCCUUGCCUUACCGCUAUCACAUACCGCCACCAACAUAUCGCCCUCGCCUUACCGCCAUCACAUACCGCCACCAACAUAUCGCCCUUGCCCUACCGCCUUCACAUACCGCCACCACCAUACACCCUUGCCUUACCGCCAUCACAUACCGCCACCAACAUAUCGCCCUCGCCAUACCGCCAUCACAUACCGCCACCUCCAUACGCCCUUGCCUUACCGCUAUCACAUACCGCCACCAACAUAUCGCCCUUGCCUUACCGCUAUCACAUACCGCCACCAACAUAUCGCCCUUGCCUUACCGCCUUCACAUACCGCCACCACCAUACGCCCUUGCCUUACCGCAAUCACAUACCGCCACCAACAUAUCGCCCUUGCCUUACCGCCAUCACAUACCGCCACCACCAUACACCCUUGCCUUACCGCAAUCACAUACCGCCACCAACAUAUCGCCCUCGCCUUACCGCCAUCACAUACCGGCACCAACAUAUCACCCUCGCCUACCGCAAUCACAUACCGCCACCAACAUAUCGCCCUUGCCUUACCGCAAUCACAUACCGCCACCAACAUAUCGCCCUCGCCUUACCGCCAUCACAUACCGCCACCAACAUAUCGCCCUCGCCUUACCGCAAUCACAUACCGCCACCACCAUACACCCUUGCCUUACCGCAAUCACAUACCGCCACCAACAUAUCGCCCUCGCCUUACCGCCAUCACAUACCGGCACCAACAUAUCACCCUCGCCUACCGCAAUCACAUACCGCCACCAACAUAUCGCCCUUGCCUUACCGCAAUCACAUACCGCCACCAACAUAUCGCCCUCGCCUUACCGCCAUCACAUACCGCCACCAACAUAUCGCCCUCGCCUUACCGCAAUCACAUACCGCCACCAACAUAUCGCCCUUGCUUUACCGCAAUCACAUACCGCCACCAACAUACCGCCCUUGCCUUACCGCUAUCACAUACCGCCACCAACAUAUCGCCCUCGCCUUACCGCCAUCACAUACCGCCACCAACAUAUCGCCCUUGCCCUACCGCCUUCACAUACCGCCACCACCAUACACCCUUGCCUUACCGCCAUCACAUACCGCCACCAACAUAUCGCCCUCGCCAUACCGCCAUCACAUACCGCCACCUCCAUACGCCCUUGCCUUACCGCUAUCACAUACCGCCACCAACAUAUCGCCCUUGCCUUACCGCUAUCACAUACCGCCACCAACAUAUCGCCCUUGCCUUACCGCCUUCACAUACCGCCACCACCAUACGCCCUUGCCUUACCGCAAUCACAUACCGCCACCAACAUAUCGCCCUUGCCUUACCGCCAUCACAUACCGCCACCACCAUACACCCUUGCCUUACCGCCAUCACAUACCGCCACCAACAUAUCGCCCUCGCCUUACCGCCAUCACAUACCGGCACCAACAUAUCACCCUCGCCUACCGCAAUCACAUACCGCCACCAACAUAUCGCCCUUGCCUUACCGCAAUCACAUACCACCACCAACAUAUCGCCCUCGCCUUACCGCCAUCACAUACCGGCACCAACAUAUCGCCCUCGCCUUACCGCAAUCACAUACCGCCACCACCAUACGCCCUUGCCUUACCGCAAUCACAUACCGCCACCAAAAUAUCGCCCUCGCCUUACCGCCAUCACAUACCGCCACCAACAUAUCGCCCUUGCCUUACCGCCAUCACAUACCGCCACCAACAUAUCGCCCUCGCCUUUCCGCUAUCACAUACCGCCACCAACAUAUCGCCCUUGUCUUACCGCUUUCACAUACCGCCACCACCAUACGCCCUUGCCUUACCGCCUUCACAUACCGCCACCAACAUAUCGCCCUUGCCUUACCGCCUUCACAUACCGCCACCACCAUACGCCCUUGCCUUACCGCCUUCACAUACCGCCACCAACAUAUCGCGCUUGCCUUACCGCCAUCACAUACCGGCACCAACAUAUCGCCCUCGCCUUACCGCAAUCACAUACCGCCACCAACAUAUCGCCCUUGCCUUACCGCAAUCACAUAUCGCCACCACCAUACGCCCUUGCCUUACCGCAAUCACAUACCGCCACCAACAUAUCGCCCUCGCCUUACUGCCAUCACAUACCGGCACCAACAUAUCGCCCUCGCCUUACCGCAAUCACAUACCGCCACCAACAUAUCGCCCUCGCCUUACCGCCAUCACAUACCGCCACCAACAUAUCGCCCUCGCCUUACCACUAUUACAUACCGCCACCAACAUAUAGCGCUUGCCUUACCGCUAUCACAUACCGCCACCAACAUAUCGCCCUCGCCUUACCGCCAUCACAUACCGCCACCAACAUAUCGCCCUUGCCUUACCGCUAUCACAUACCGCCACCAACAUAUCGCCCUCGCCUUACCGCCUUCACAUACCGCCACCAAUAUAUCGCCCUUGUCUUACCGCUUUCACAUACCGCCACCACCAUACGCCCUUGUCUUCCCACAAUCACAUACCGCCACCAACAUAUCGCCCUCGCCUUACCGCCAUCACAUACCGGCACCAACAUAUCGCCCUCGCCUUACCGCAAUCACAUACCGCCACCAACAUAUCGCCCUUGCCUUACCGCAAUCACAUACCGCCACCAACAUAUCGCCCUCGCCUUACCGCCAUCACAUACCGCCACCAACAUAUCGCCCUCGCCUUACCGCUAUCACAUACCGCCACCAACAUAUCGCCCUUGUCUUACCGCUUUCACAUACCGCUACCAACAUAUCGCCCUUGCCUUACCGCCUUCACAUACCGCCACCAACAUAUCGCGCUUGCCUUACCGCCAUCACAUACCGCCACCAACAUAUCGCCCUCGCCUUACCGCAAUCACAUACCGCCACCAACAUAUCGCCCUCGCCUUACCGCUAUCACAUACCGCCACCACCAUACGCCCAUCAUUUUACCACCAUUGUGCAAUAACAAUCAUAUAUUCACCGACACAACAAAAAUAUCUUACACUUACCAUCAUACCGCCAUAA